AGCGUAACUCAUGUAACAACAACUAUCUGAAUAAGGGAGGGCUCAGAUUACACCCUGCUAGUAAUCCAUGUGGGAGUGUUUCAUGGAAAACCUUGAAAACUUGGAGCUGCAAUAUUCUAUUAGUUGUGUUUCUCAUGAGGAAAGCAAGAACGACAAAAGAAUAACAAGUACAUUGAAAGACAUGGAGUUUCAGGUUCUUGGUAACAUUGGAGGAAGCCACAUCGAUCGCCAGAAGGGUUCUGCACAGUGAAAACAAAAACACGUGAUUAUCAUUCUUUGAACUUAACUAAAGUGAAGAGGUGCAGAAAGCAAUGGCAUAUCCAACUAGCUCUUCCAGCCCAGCGGAAAACCACGAAAAUGACUUCCUCUUGCUGUUCACAGACAUCUGAUGUCUACCUGCCCGCAGACUCUUGACUGUUAGUACUGAAAUGCUGUGAUGGCGCUUCAUGCAGCUGCCUGGAACAAUAUGAGGAGCCUUUUAGUCUUUUUAAUAUCUGCGUUUUUACUUUGGGAUUUUUCAGAUGCUCAAAGAAAAGUGGAAAUUCAGAAGGGACUGCUUUAUAGAGUGGCAGGCUACCCAGUGGACAUCAUGUGCAAUGUUAGCGGAUAUAAAGGAGGAACUCAAGACUUUGAGUUCUCCAUUUACAAGCCCAGUCGUCCAAACACUGAAAUAAAAAUUAUCAGCACAAGAGACCCACAUAUUCAUUAUGCUAUUUAUCAGAAAAGAGUAACAAAUGGAGAAAUCUCCAUUCACAGACUUGCUGGUGAUUCAGUUCAGCUUCAUAUUAACAAACUGCAGUCUGAUGAUGCAGGAGAGUAUGAGUGCUACACACCAAGCACAGAUGGAGUACACUUUGGGACGUAUAGUGAUAAAAUGAACCUUGCAGUGAUAGAAGAUACACUUUCUGCCAAAAUGGAAGAGAAAAUACUGAACAAAGUUGAAGGAGACCGCCUGGUUCUGGAUUGUGAGGUGUCUAAGGAAACCUUCCAACACACACAUGUGGAAAUUACGUGGUAUCUUAAGAAAGGUGAUACAAAAAUAGAAAUAAUCUCGCUACAGAAAGAAUUUACCUUGCAGCCUGGAACUGAAUACAAAGAAAGAUACGAAGCUGGACAAGUAAGACUGGAUAAGACAGGGAGCACAAUCUACACACUGAUUAUCAGUCAGCUGAAGGUUUCUGAUACAGGCGAUAUAUACUGUGCAGCUGGAGAGUGGAUUCAGGAUCCAGACAGGUCCUGGUACCAGAUCAGUUCAAAGGAGACCAAACCUGUGAAGGUUUCAGUCAAUAGUCUAGGUAGUACUUUCAACACGAAGAUUUCAUCAACAAAGACAAAUCUUAUUGAAAGAGAAAGCCUAGAGUUGUCCUGCACUAUAGAAGCUCAAGCAGUUGCACAUCGCUAUUUCUUGGUAUCGUUGUUAAAAGACACGAGUAAGGUGGCUGGUUUUGGUCCAACAGGCGUCCCAGAGAUAAGUGAUCUUUAUAUACCCAGGGAGAAGAAUGGAGAGAUAAAAGUUUUCAAGAAAAGCACCAAUGAAUAUUGGUUUAAAGUGCUCCAUGUUGGAAAAGAGGAUGAAGGAAAAUACUUGUGUGAAGUCACAGAAAUGAAACCAGGCCCAGACACAGAAUUUAAAGAGGGUGAAAAGAAAUCUUCAAAUGAGGAGUCCAUUGUCAUCACUCCUUUACAGAGUCAGCUCGAUAUUGCUAUUUCAUCUGAUUUAACUAUCAUGGAAGGAGACACAGUUUAUAUUUCUUGCAAUGUCACUGGUACUGAUGAGCAACUCUCAGUGAGCUGGAUCUUGAAAACAAACACCAAUGAAGUGAGAGACAUCCUCAGCAUUUCUCAGAGUGGCAUGGUGGAACUAGGUGAAAAAUACAAGAAACGCUUUCAGAGUGGUGACAUAAAAGCUUACAGAGCAAGCCAGGAAUCCUUCAUGCUUCAAGUUUCUAACUCACUGCCUUCAGACGAGGGAAAGUACAUGUGCACUUUAACCCAGUGGGUCCCUGAUGCUGCUGAGAAAUGGAAGCAAGGAGAGCGGAAAUCCAAAGAAGUUAAGGUUGCAAUAACAUCACUGGCAACAAGUCUAAGUCUGUCUUUGAAAAGUCGCAUAGUGUCAGUCCAGGAGAAUGGAAACAUCAGUUUUAUUUGCAUAACAAAAGGCCCGAGAGUUCCAUUGUCAGUUACAUGGACGUUCCAACCCAACGAAUUAACAGAAGAGACUAUAGUGAGCAUAAGCUAUAAUGGAAAUGUUAAAUGGAGUGAAAUCGGAAAACACUUUCAAACCCGGACCAAAGUAGAGAACGCCGAGGGGAUUUCUAAACUAAGCAUUGCAAUGGUAAGCGCAAGUGAAAAUGGAAAAUAUCAGUGUCAUAUAGAAGCUUGGAUAGCAGGAAUCAAGAGGACCCAAAAAAGCUCCAACCAGAUGAAGGUAGAUGUAAAUAAGCCAGCCAGCAAGCUCUCUGUCAUCAGUAUGCCUCCUUCACUUAAAGCUGCACCAGGGGCUGAUAUUGAGAUCAAAUGUAAGAUCGACGCUCGUACUUUUGACAGCUCACAAUUUGCAGUAUCCUGGUAUUUCAGUCAGGUGACAAAUGGAUUAAUGAAUGCAAGCAUUUUAAAGACAGACCGGGAGAACAUGUUACAUGCGGUAGAGCUAUCUUCACCGCCAUUCAAGUACCAAAUCAAAAGAGCUUCCAAAGAUUUAUACAUUCUGAGUAUAAUGCAGGCAGAUGUCAAUGAUACUGGAAUGCACUACUGUGUAGUUGAAGAGUGGUUACAAGAUGGCAAUCGUGAAUGGUAUUUAUUGGACCAAAAAUCAACAAAAACAGAUGUUACAGUUUCUUCUGCUGGAAAUAAAGUGCAUGUUACAAUGACUCAUGAGAACAUCUCCACAGAAGCCAUGAAGAGCUUUCAGCUGAGCUGCCACAUUACUUCACAUUCCAGCAGUGAAUCCCGGUUUGAUGUCAUAUGGUCAAAAAUGAAUGAAGCAGGAGAGGAGCAAGAUAUCUUCAAAGCUCAACGUUUUUCAACCUCUCUCUCCACGGUUGUUAAAGACAGGAUAUUGGUCUUUGACAAUCCAGAACAGGGGCUAUAUAGCCUAACAAUGCAAAAUGCUGAGGUGCAGGACAGCGGGAGAUAUUUUUGCCAUGUGGAAGAGUGGCUACUGACACACAGAACUGCAUGGUACAAAAUUGCAGAGGGAAGAUCUGGAAUAUCAGCAGUUCAUGUUACAGAGCAAGAACAAACUACCUUUUCCGUAGUCUGCUCAUCCAAGUAUCUCUUCACAUUUGUGUUCAUCUAUCCAUUUAUUGUCAUUACAUUGCUACUUAUUUUGGUAACCUAUCUGCUUUUUAAAUUACGCACAAAGAAAACUACUGAAUCCUCCAAAAAGAGUAAUGGGACACCCCUGUGGAAGGAGAUGGAUCCUGUCAAGUUCUUUUCUGUCAAUGGUGAGGAAAAUGACUGAUGAAUAGAGAAUAAAAAUCUGAACACUUACCUCAGCAGCAAGGAGAAUGAAUAUAUCUUCCUUGAGCAUAUUUGGUUUUGUGCAUGAUUGCAAAUUGGUGUGUCCAGUGCUGCUUUUUUAAGCAAAAAUCCUUUGGUAAUGAUUGUCCAUAAACAG